AUGAGUCCUUCCCUCUUACUUGUCUUGGCUCUGUGCAUGAGUACUGGGGCAUUAAUUUGCAACUCAGCCAUGAACAAGUUCUCCGUUCACGUCAUGAAUGGGUUCAAGAAUCAGACGCUGCAAACCCAUUGCCAGUCCAAAGACGAUGAUCUUGGCCUCCAACUGGUCCCUGUCAAUGGAGAGUUCCAAUGGCACUUUCGAGUCAACUAUUUCGGCACCACACUCUACUUCUGCAACAUGUGGUGGGUGGGCGGACAUCGUAGCUUCAAUGUGUUUUGGGUUAAUGACGAUUUUCUGGUUAAGGAUUGUGGCAAUUCUGACUGCCGCUGGAAGGCUCAGGAGGAUGGGAUUUACUUGUACAAUUCUGAGCAUAAUGAAUAUCACUUCUAUUAUAACUGGGAGCCAUGA